AUGCUUCCUGAGUUGAGCACACAGACUCCCCUCAUGGCGCGACUAUUAUUCGUUGUAUCGUUCGCCGUCCUACUGGCGGUGGCGUCCGCAGGACAAACCGUCGUGACCGGACCCAACAAUCCGGCAGUGAACCUGGACAAGGCCAAGGGCGAGAAUGGCGUGGCGACGGAGGUCCCUUCUGGCAUCGAGAAGGCGGCGGCUGCGGGCAACCUGGACAAGUUCGAGGGGACGACGAUCGUGAGCCCAAGCACGGACAGCAUGCUGAUGGUGGACGUGAAAGCGGCCGGAUGGAAUAAAAUGAAGUGUCACAAGGACCUGGGCAAGCCCGGGGACGGCGCGUGCACGCCCGCCAACUGCAGCAAGGGCGGCAUCGCCGCCAAGUGGAAGACGUCGAACCUGCUCAAGAACAAGCUGGGCGUGGAGGUGUACGUGAAGGGCAACCCGCUGACGCUCAAGAAGGCGUCCCCGCAGACGUGCUGCAACACGUGCGCGGGGUACAGCAGCUGCACGUACUGGCAGUACAUUCCCGACAUCACGAUCGACGGCAAGAAGUCGGACGGCGCGUGCUACCUGGUGCACGACAACAUCGACUACUCGUGUGGCGAGCUGACGGCGCAGUACGCGACUGACUCGAAGCCCGUCGCGCUGCAGGUGCGCACGGGCGGCGAGUGCAACCCCGCGGCGAACGUGGUGAACGACCCGCAUCUGGUGGGCGCGUACGGGACGCACUUCGACUUCAACGGGCGGCCCGACAAGGCGUUCUGCCUGCUGACGGACAAGGACCUGCACGUGAACAUGCUGCUGCGCGGGUACUACUCGGACGACACGGAGAACGCGGCGCUCGUGGUUGACGGCAGGGCCGUGCACACGUGGAUCAAGGAGCUGGGCAUCAUCUGGUUCGCCAACGGCGCCGACCACAAGGUGCGUCUGGCGGCGCGCGGUGGCAAGCAGCAGGAGCGCGGUGAUGGGUUCAUGAAGACGAUCGAGAUCGAGGGUGAGGAGAUCCCGACGAUGAGCGUGGGCGACGAGGUGACUACCGAGGGCGGUCUGACUGUGCGGUUCGCGGCUCUGGAGAAGGAGGGCCCGUAUGACGUGGACUACUACACGCUCACCAUUGACGGGCUCGUGGCGCUCGACCUGCGCUUGCGCGUCGCCAACCCCAAGCUGCAGACGCCCAACGACGCGGAGGCGCACAUCAACGCGGGGAUCGUGGAGCUGGAGCACACCGACGACGUGCACGGCGUGCUCGGCCAGACGUACCGCCCCGACCACGCUGCUCGCGCUGCCGACUUCCAGCGGCUGAUCGCGAACCUGCACCGGCCGGUGUCGGCUGACAGCGCGGAGGGCGCUGGGUUCCUGGACGGCACUCCCCGGCUGUACGAGUCGAGCUCCGUGCUGUCCGUGGACUGCGCGCAAACCGAGUACCACCGCGCCAAGCAGCUGAGCCCCGUCGAGGACUUCCCCAUGGAGCCCCUCAAUUAA